GAGGGGGUCGGGGGACCGUUAUACGAACUGGACCCUUCCGGCGCUGCAGCGAGGAUGGCGGCGGAGAAUCACUGCGAGUUCCCGGUUCCUUCCAUGGGCGUCCUUGGCCUAGUGGGGACAGGCGGGCCCUGCCGCCGCUGUAGCUCUGGGCCCUCCCCGGGUGGGGUCCCAGGUAAAUGGGUCCGGCUGAACGUGGGGGGCACCUGCUUCCUCACUACCCGGCAGACGCUCUGCAGGGACCCCAAGUCCUUCCUCUUCCGCCUCUGCCAAGCCGACCCCGACCUGGACUCGGACAAGGAUGAAACAGGUGCCUAUUUAAUAGACAGAGACCCGACCUACUUUGGGCCAGUACUGAACUAUCUCCGACAUGGAAAACUCGUUAUUAACAAGGACCUAGCUGAGGAAGGUGUACUGGAAGAAGCAGAAUUCUACAACAUCACAUCACUAAUAAAAUUGGUAAAGGACAAAAUAAGAGAGAGAGACAGCAAAAUCUCACAGGUGCCAGUCAAACACGUGUACAGGGUGCUGCAGUGUCAGGAGGAAGAGCUCACCCAAAUGGUCUCCACCAUGUCUGAUGGCUGGAAAUUUGAACAGCUUGUCAGUAUAGGUUCCCAGUAUGGCUGUGGCCGGGCCCAGCAGUCAGAGUUUCUGCUGAUAGUGUCACGGGAAGUGAAAGGGGAGGAGAGACACUUCCAGAAAUGCUGCAGUGAGUUGGUCAGUAUUGGUUCUUCCUAUAACUAUGGAAAUGAAGAUCAGGCUGAAUUUCUGUGUGUUGUCUCGAAGGAGCUGCAUAAUACCCCCUACGGCACAACCAGCGAGCCCAGUGAAAAAGCAAAGAUUUUGCAAGAGCGAGGUUCCAGGAUGUGAAGACCAUAUUGAACACUGAAGAAUAUUUCUUUUAUUCCAAGAUGCAGUGAAUUAUCACAUUGAAGAGGCUUGGCUGUGAGAGGAAGAAAUCUGCUUUAGAUAAUUUUCUAUUGAUCUGGAUUGAACCAUUUUUGCCUAUAAGCUGGUAUAGACUGAAUUUGCUGGCUGAAAACAUCGCAAGAUUAUUGAAUGGGAAUAGAUGAUGUGAGAGAUGUGUUAAUCUUGGUUCUAGUGCAUGGUUGUACUCUCUCAUGGGCUGAAUUAUAUUGGUCACAUAGAAAGAAACAAUCAUGCACUCAUAUUUUCCUCUGAGACAUGUAGCACUUACAUCUGGUGCUGGAUGAUCCAGUGUUGAUCAGUUUGAAAUGAUUUUGGUAUUAAUAAUUGCAAACCGUUAAAGGACACUGUAUUUGGUGCUACAUAUAUAUUACAGCCCAUAAAUGCAAAUAUUUGGGCCUACAUAGUUGGUUUUGGAAUCAAUGACAGCCCCGGUUUACUAUCUUAUACUGCACAUUCCUUAUGGCUCAGUGACACAUUUUCUGUUAGGUAAGAACGGUGUAGGAGAUCAAGUGAAACUACCUUGUAAAAAGUUACACCCUAGGCAAGAUUCCCAUAAAGCAUAGGUGUAAAAUACUGACUGGGUUGAUGGCUUAUUUUAAUAGUCAAAGGGAAUACUAAACUUGGAGAAAAUGUCUUUUGUCUGAAUCAUCUCUGAUGUUUCUGCUGUCAAAAUAACUUCCUCCUGCAAAAGUUAAGCUCCAGUCUUAGCCAAAUGUUUGAAAGGAAAAACAAAAUUUCUUAAAUUAUUGUCACAACUGAAUAUCUUGUCUCUUUUGAAAUGUUUGUUGCUAACCAAAUGUUGUACAUUUUAGAAAUGCCUACAAGUUUCAAGCUACUCUUGGAUUUUGUUGGGUAUUUUUAAGAGCUGGAGUUUGUGUAGUUACAUGGCUGGAUAGUGUUAGAUUCUAAUCUCGGUGAAUGGGUUUAAAGUUACCCUAAGAGCAAACACAAGCUCACCCAAUUAAAAAUCUGAAUUAAUUGCUUUGAAUUUUCAGAAUGUUUACAGUCCAUCUCUCUACAUUGUUUCAACUAUGCAGUUCUUUAUGAUGUUUCUAAGAAUGCUGCCUGAAAACAUUCUCACACAGUUGCGUUAGGACAGGCCUGUGGUAAAUGUUAACACACAAGACUGGAGCUUUUUAUUGCAUUGUGUUUUAAACAAAACCAGUAGCAUGACUUUUUGAAACAGAUUCAACUAAAUUGAUUGUGUAAAACUCUAGAUUCUUGCAGCUUCAUUGGCUUCCGUAGCUCUAGAUGGAGUAGUGGAUGGGAGUUUAAACCGGAUUGUCCAAGAUGGUCUUGAAUUCUAAAAGCAUUUUAAACUGUUUCAUUAAAUAACUUCAGAAUUUUUACAUAUACCAUAUCCUCUACGAGUAAAAUGUGUAAUCCUCCACGUGAAAACCAGUUUCUCAAGCAUCUUGGGUUUACCUAUAUUUUUUAAGACGUAUUGUACAUUGAUAAGUUUGGCGUAAACAAUUUGUAAAACCAUUUCUACAAAGCAGGUUAUGCAGUGGGCUAAAUGUUUUGUUGUGCAUCUAAUGCUUGAAAGAAUUUGUAAAGCAUUUUGCCACUUGGAUGCGGUCUGCACAGGAAGCUGCUGACCCCUCCACAAUACCACAUUAAUAUGUUCGUCUUUUUUUAAGAUGUUAGGACCUAACUGAAUUUACUAAAAUGUAAUUAUUCUGUAGGGGGAAAUGUUUAUACUUUUAUACUUUUUUUUGGUAGGCAUCCAUAUUUUAUCAGCCUGAAGUCAAUGCCUAAAUUUCCCCUAAAUAGUAACAAAUAAUCUUGUGUAUCUAAAGAUAAGCCUGGCGAUUAUUUGUCUUAAAAGGCAUUUCCUCUGCUGGAAAGUCACUGGGUUUAAGCACCUUGACACGACCCGUGUUCUUCAGGUUCCAUGGCUCAUGGAAUUGUGGCCUUUAAAGCUUCCUAUUUUCCUGCUGUGCUCUACAGAGUAAAUUCAGCAUUGGAUUAAAUGGCUUUUAAUGCCUUUUAAUAAUUAAAAAUGUAUAUUGAUAUCAUUCCAAAAUCUGCAUUUUUGUGUGUUGUCUUCUGUUGUUAAACAAAAGAAAGCAGAAGAUUUGAUUUUCAUAAACUACCUGAGAUCCUUAAGGAUUGCAGAAGCAAAACAUGAGUAAGAAACUGAGAAAAUUGAAACAACUUGGAGGAUAUAUAUGAAAAGGGGCCACUUUUAGAGAGUGGCGUUUUCACUGGAAUACUUUAUGGUAUAAUACAUUUGCUUUUUAUUUUUUUUGGUGGGAUUAUCUGCACCCUGGUUUACAUUGUCCCUUGUAGUAGCAAAAAUUAUUUUGGGGAAGAGUUUUUUAUCAUUAACAUUUUGCACUUUCUCUGUCUGAUACCUCACAGAGCUAUUGUCUCUCACUUCAGCAAAAAAAAAAAAAAAAAAAAAAAA